UCAAUUGCAGUCCUAAAGAUCAAUGGAAAGUUUCAAAUAACCAAUACAAAAAUGAAUUAAUACAACUUUAAUUUGGGGAACUUUUUUAAAAUUAAGCAACAGUUUUCUGUCUAAUCGGUGGCUACUACAUUUACAAGUGGUAAAAUGACAAUUGAUGACUCUCACACACUUUCCCGUAGCAUUCUUUAACGCCUUCAUCAAGGGACUGGCCAUCAGAAACAACAUAGGAGUUUAUUUUAUAUCUUUGACCACAUCUUAAAUAACUUCUCUUGUGUUUACUCUUAAUUACAAAAAAAACUGUUCUGCGGAUUAUUCCCUUUUUAUGCCCAUCUCCAAAAAAUCUUAAAUAAUGACCUCAUAUUUAAUUUCAUUGGACAAAAGCUUUUGUCCAAUCAGUUACAAAAAGGCACUUGUCAAAACACUGUUUCACAGAACAGAAAUAAUAUGUUAUGAAUGUUAAAAAGUGUUUAAAGAAUAACGAAUACCCACUAAAAUUUAUUGAGAAAAAUGGAAAAAGUGAAGAUAGAAAAAAACUCAAAGAAACCACAGCAAAUAAUGCCACAGGGUCAAUCAAUAUGAAACUAGAGACUGCAUUGACAAGAACUUAUCCUGAAGCUAAAUUGAUUGUUCUGUCCAAAACAACAUGUUCUUUGACACAAUCAAAGGUCGACAGGUAUCGCUUUCAUGUUACCACUAACUAUAUAUACAAAUUUACAUGUAUCUGCCAAAGCAGUUACAUUGGUGGAACAGAAACAUAUUCCGAAGAGUUUAAGAUCGAACGGACUAAAAGCAUUCAGCAGUGCCAUCGCAAGACAUCUCCUUGACACAGGACACGAAGUCGAUACACUGAAGUCCUUCAAGGUGAUUAACAAACAAUUAAACUCCAACCUUUUGAAAUUUGCCUAAGCAAUAUCAAUCAGACAUCUAAAACCAGAUCUAUGUAUACAAAAAGAGACGGAAAUAAAUUUUCCUUUUCCCCUGGUAACAUUACCCCCUCCCUUUUAUUUAUUUAUUUAUUCAUUAUGUCAUUCAAUAUUCCAACUCUCUGAAGUUUAAAAUUACAUAACUGACUGCUUUCAAUUCAUAUCUUUCUUUAUUAUCAAUAAUCUAUUUUCAGUCACUUCAUUACGUAAUCAUCGAAUGUUUUUUUUAAUUUCAUGAGUUCUAAUCACUAUUUCAAUGUUCAGGAACUUUCCUUCCUAAACUUUAUUUAUUCGAAACAAAAUCCUUUAUGAGCUUAUUAACUUUAUCGGAUUCUUCGCUACAUCAUGAUAUACAUAUUCAUUCUUAAUCACUCUCUUAUGUAUAAGUAUAUCAAUAUCUGUAAUAACUCUGAUUUUCAAAUAUUUUAGGUUGUAAGCCGCUGAUGUGAACCUAACGAAAUAAAAUGAAUCCAUUUAUUAUUCAUCAACAAUCUUUGAUCUUGCUCUCUUUAACGAACAAUGUCACUGAUAUAUGAAAGAGUGGGAUGAAAAAUGUUUUUAUACUAACACGGUUGUUAAGGGUAAAUAUUUAAUAAAAACUAUUAUGUUAUUCAUUUCCUUGAUUAUUGUAAUUGAUUAUUAUGCAUAACUGAUUAUGAAUAAUGACACGAUCUUUUUUUAAUUUUCUUGUUUACUACUACUUGUUAAAAAAAACUACUCAUUAAUAAGACUGUACAACAUAAUUCGAUGAGUAAGUUAAAAUUAAUGAAAAGAGUUUACUUUACCUAGUUAUCUUUAAUCUUUUUCUUUCUUUCUUUCUUUCUU